GCAGAGGCAGAGCAGAGCUGAUCUAACCAAGUAGUUGCAAAAAUGUGGAGAAACUGAAUUGAAGAUUGGGAAACUGAGAACCCAAGUGGACAGGCCUGUCUGUCCCUGGCCAAUGCACUCCUGCAUUCCUCUUGCGCUGGGCCUGCCCCUCCACCCUGCUGCUUGGCAGCCCCUCCUGCCAUCCUGCCUCUCAAGCACCACAUUCCCUGGCAGCAAACACUUAAGAAUGGCUUUGACUCCACCGCUGUUCUGGCAUCCUCCCUCCCACCCUCUCCUUUGGGAGCCCGCCCUUCCCCUGGAUUGGAAGGGGAGCAAACACUCCAGAAUAUUUUUUUUCCACCUGUUUGCUCAGCUCUGUGGGCUUCGAGAGCUUUAUUGGCUUCUGUUUAUCAACCCUGCCAAUGCCACCCCGCUCUCCAGUGCUGCAAGCGACAGGCACCUGCCACCUGCAAACCUUACUGCCAGUUCUAAGCAGCCCCCAGUUGAGGACCUGGCACUUCUUUCUUUUCCCUCCUCCUCCUCCUCAACCUCUCCACAGGGACGCUUGGGGCACCUUCCUUGAUUCCUGCCAGGUGCCUCCAUGCCAGCACUGCCAGGGCUGCUCCAGGACUCCUCCAUCCUCCCAGCUCACUUUGGGAGCAAGGCUGUGGAGGCAGUGCACUUACAGGUAUUCCUGGGCGUGGGGCUGAGCCUGCUCUGCUUCUGCCUGCUCCUCGGCUGCGCGAUUUGCUGGCACCGGCGGAGGACGCGGCGCCCGGAUUGCGGCGAGGCGCAGGCGUCGGGCCGCCCCCUGGUGGAUCUGGGCCCCGCUCUGCCCUCUCCGACGACGGCGGUGCCCAUCCAGCAACAGUAUGCCCAGCUGGCGGGGCAGCUUCUGGAGAGCCUGCCUGCUGCAGCUGCUCGUGCGCCGGCCUCGCCCGACGGCAGCCCCCCGACGGCCCUCCUGCGCGGCCGCGCCUCCCUGCCCAGCCUCGUCGUCCCGCCAGGGCUGAGCGCGCCGCCCGCCCAGCGCCCUCGGGGCCCGCAGCGCCGGAGCACCAUUGCCGCGGGAGACAGCAGCCCCCUCGCCGUGCGCCCCGUCGCGGGGCUCCUGCCCGCCGCCGCCCAGGCCAAGCCGCGACCUCGCCUGCACUUCGCCGUCGGCUACUCUCCUCCGGAGGCCACGCUCACCGUGAACGUCGUCGGCGUCGCCCACUUGCCCGGGGGCCUCGGCGCCAGCCGCAGCUGCUACGUCGAGGCGCGCCUGCUGCCGGGCUCGGCGGAGCCGCAGCGCACCGCCCGGCGCCGGAGGAGCCUCCACCCCGAGUUCCACCAGCAGCUCCGCUUCCCCGGCUGCGCCCGCCAAGAGCUGCCGGGCCUGACGCUGCGCCUCGCUGUGUACGCCAGGGCUUUCGCCCGUCGGAAGGACGCCUUCGUGGGCGAGGUGCUGUUCCCCUGCGCCCAGGUGGCCGGCGAGCAGGGCGCCUCGCCCUCGGCGCUCGCCCAGGAGCUGUCGCUCACGAAGUGCCACAGUUCCCAGGACGUGAGCUCCGCCUCUUGGCUCUCCCAGCCCAAGUCCCUGGGGCAGCUUUUCCUCUUGCUCCAGUAUCAGGCUCUGGCCAAUCGCAUCAAAGUUCUGGUUCGCAAAGCAGAGAACCUGGGACGCGUCAGCCGGAUGCUGGGAACGCCAGACCACUACGUUCUGAUCCACCUCUGCCACGACGGAAAGGUCAUUGACACAAAGGAGACCAAGUCCAUAGCGGGCUACAACCCCGUGUGGAAUGCCCCGUUCCUCUUCAGCUUACCUGCCGGAGACAUCCAGGAACAGCAGUUGUCCCUGGAGUUCACAGUCAUGCAGGCUCGCCUCUACACCCGCAGCUGCGCUGUUGGCCGAGUGCUGAUCGGUCCUGUGGCCCCUGAGAUGGGGCAGGUCCACUGGAAGGAGAUGUGCAGCCGGGGGAACAUGGAAUCUGCUCGCUGGCAUGCCAUUCAGUCAGAAGGCUUUCAGCUCUGCCCUUGAGAUGCACGUCCAGAGCUUCCUGCUGGGGAGUCGUCUGCCUGUCAUGGCGAAGGAUGGCAGCCAAAGCAAUGGCACCCUGCGAGAAAUGGCCUUCCUCUGCUAUGGGAGGCCAGGGAAGGUUUGAGGGGAACUUGGCAUUGCGACACCUUUAAGGUACGCAGGACUGCAGGAAGUCCAGCUGGAGAACUCCAAGCCAGUUCCAAGUCCUCCCAAGGCAGGGACUUUUUGCCCAAAGAGAGGUGAUGCUGCUCAGAGCCCUUCAGAAACCCUGGGGUUGAAAAGUCGACUGCAAGCUCUCCAGGACAGCCAAGGAAGGCAGAAAGAGCAGGUGGAUCAAGCUUUCUUCCUCCAUAAGGCUCCCCACGUCCAUCAGGCACGCUGACCUCAGAUCUAAGAUCCACUGCAGCAACAGCAGCUUCUGGGGCAUUGCAUUAUCUGCAUAACUUCUGGCUGCCGGCCAUAACAAAAGAGAACUGGAAACUGCAUCAGCAAGGCUGGAUUUGUUUUUUGU